CUACAACAUUCGCUUUAGGAGCAGACGCAAGGAGUUUGCGAAAAGAACACCACUUGACUCUGAGGAGAGCGAAGUCAAAUGAGCUCGCAUCCCUGGUCGACCCGUAGAACACACUCUAGUGUGCAAGCGGGACCUCCACUGGGCGCACCUUGGCCUUGGGCUGCUGGAUGAGGCUGAGUCCGCUUCUGGAUGCGAGACGGACGACCGCAGAGGCCUUGGUGCCAGUCUGUUUGUCUGCCGCUUGAAAGCGUUAGCGAUGGCUUCGGAUCUGCUCCUAGCGGCCGAACCAGGAGCAGAGUGCGAUGGUGGUAAUGGGCGUAAAGACAGUCUGAACGUGACGACGGAGCGAUGUGCCGUUCCGCCAGGACUGGCACGCCGGCAAAGCGCCACUGCCGGAUUGCUGCCACUUGUGCCAUUGCUGGUCACGUGGUUCGGGCUCAGUACAGCGUUGCUGGAGCGAGCGUCCGCCCAAGGUCAGUCAUCAUCUAUCUGUGAUGUUCAACCUCGCUACGGUAGUGUAAUGGGUGGAACUAUGGUGACUAUCACACCCUGCAGUGGACACAAACUUGGAAAUCCACUCAGUGACGUUCAAGUGCAUAUCGGGACUGACGAGUGUGACGUGCAGCGACACAAGACUAGUCCCCAGGUCAUAGCCUGUACUACCAGGUCCAAUGCUGGUGUGGAGAGGUGGUACCAGAGUAUCUCCAUCAGAGUUGAUGGUGACGUCGUGCCUAUUCGCUGCAGUCGAUGCACGUUUACCUUUCGCAACUGGUAUUACACACCCACAGUGGACAGUGUGAAGCCGUUCGUUGCCAGGGCCGGGACGAUCCUCACCAUUGUGGGGCAUUUCUUCGAUGCGUUGGUCGACGGAGCUCUAGUGACUAACAAUGACUAUGAAACAUCACGAACUCUUUCUCGUGUGAUGGUUGGAAACGAAAGCUGCAGACUGUUGGACCCGGCCACUGGGGAACCAUACGGUAGCGUGGCAAGGGUGUCCUCAUUGCGCAACAGAGGCAUUGUCAAGUGUCAGCUGCAGAACCGUCUUUCAGGUUCUUAUGAUGUGCGCGUGCUUGUCUCCAAUAUUGGAUGGUCCAAGUAUGAAUAUAACGCUGUGCAGGUGGAUGGACAAGAACAGCCGUAUGCUCUAAAGAACAUGCCAGUGAUCCGCGGCAUCAUUCCACCCACGGGAAGCUUGCAAGGCGGCAGCCAGGUCACUGUGGUCGGGGAGGGUCUGAGGGCCUACUCUGCCGGCAACACCACGGUCACCAUCGAUGGCAAGCCCUGCAAGGUUACAAGGACCAGCGCGUACUUUGUGCAAUGCACAACUCCUGUUCUUCGCCAUCGCAUCACUUCAUACAGUGGUGACGGUGCUGGUGGUGGUGGUAGCGCUGCUGCCAAUAUCAGUGGAAGAUCGUCGCCGACGCCUGAACAGAACAGCUUCCCAGGUGGUACCGGCUGGAGAUUGGAAGUCUACAACUAUUCGGCGCAGAGUUUCCCUGACGUGCAGCAAUUGAACACGUCCAACUUUCCUGACCACCGAGUGUUCACGGUCAAUACCCUGGACAAUCUGAUCCCUGUUGUUCGCUCAUUUGUCAAUGACACGUUCACCCUGCGCCUGUCUGGCUAUUUCAUAGCGCCUCACUCAAGCCACUUUCAGUUCCUGGCCAGCGGCAAAGGUCGUGUGUACUUGCUGCGCUACGCCACGCACGGGUACGAGGUCGGGGAGCUGCUGCGUAACGCCGGCAACGGUUGGUCGCACCGCGUCUACCUCAAGAAAGGUCAGGCGCUCUACCUGGAGGUGAUCCAGAUCGGGCGAGUGCGCGAUGGCACGGUGCGAGUGCGUGCCUACAUGAGGAACACGACGGUGACUCCGCUGCAGUCGCGCAAGGCCGUGGCAAGCAUGCAGAAACUCGUUCUCGCGCACGGACAGCUCACCGACACUCAGCGGGUCUCCUUCCACGACGUCAGCACACAGCAGACAAUAUUCUUCUCGCUGAAAGUGCCCGAGCUGGUACCGCCGGCAUGGCUGCGUCCGUUCCUGCCGCAGCAGUUCUCCCAGCGGGCAAGCCAAGGACCUCACUCCGGCGAGAGUGGCAGGUCGAGCAGCCGGGGGACGGCCACCUCCCCGGGCAACCACGGACCUAACACCCAAGCAGGACCGGGACACAGCACCCAGAAACAGCCAGGUCCAGCAACGCAAAGCACCAAGCGACAGCCAAGACCAACACAGCCCUACGGUACACCAAGCAGCCAGGGCAGCAGCCAUAGCAGCGGAAGCGGCGGUGGCGACGGCGGCAGCAGCAGCAGUGACGAUGAGCAUAAGUGUCCGGCACCGACGCUAAGCAAACACACGGAGCAGCAAAUGGACCUGCUGGGCGUGUGUACGAUUGUCGGUUUCAAUUUUACACACCAGGCCGAUCUGCUGUACGUGGGUCUGCUAGCAUUCAAUCUUUCCGCUGCGGACGUGUUGCUGAUCGAAACAUUCGUCAAUGCAACGAUACGUUACGUUCCGUCUACCUGGAACAACAACGAAUACCCGUACUCCACAUCCUAUCCCGGGUAUUCUCAUACGGGUGACUCUGGAAAGGGACAAACUACUCCAGGGCCGAACGGAUUCACCCAAAGACCGGGAGGAUCCACCCAAGGACCGGGAGGAUCCACCCAAGGACCGGGAGGACACACCCAAGGACCGGGAGGACACACCCAAGGACCCGGAGGACACACCCAAGGAUCGGGAGGACACACCCAAGGACCGGGAGGACACACCCAAGGACCGGGAGGAUUCACCCAAGGACCGGGAGGACACACUCAAGGACCGGGAGGAUCCACCCAAAGACCGGGAGGACACACCCAAAGACCGGGAGGACACACGCAAGGACACACCCAAGGACCGGGAGGACCCACCCAAGGACCGGGAGGACCCACCCAAGGACCGGGAGGACCCACCCAAGGACCGGGAGGACCCACCCAAGGACCGGGAGGGUACACCCAAGGACCGGGGGGACCCACCCAGAGUUGGAACACAUCGCCCUACGGAUCAGGAGGAGAUGGUGGUGGCAGGUCACAGGUAACGGCGACAGCAAGUCCUUACCACACAUCACCUUACAACGAUGGUGACAACGUCGCCGAACAGAAGACCAAGUGGCUGGUUUCUGGAUGGCUACCCUUCCCAAAAGACAUUUCUAUUGCACACGACCGUUUCAAGUCGGAACCGCCCAGUUCCAGUGACCUGGAGAAGCUACUGAAAGCUUCCACACCGUACAGUGCUGCCUGGUCAGCACAACCCGGACAGUCAGGGGAAGUCCAUUCUGCAGCGCAGCCAUCGUGGUCCGUGCAGCAACCAUGGAGCUCCAAUAGCGCAGCAGGAGGAGGAGGAGCAGGAGGAGGGGAAGCAGUGCAUAGCGAUCGAUCUGACUCUGGCAUGGACGGACCGUGCCAACAAUGGAUGGACAUGGCGCGUCUUCACGCCAGGCAAAGCAACGGUAGCUUGCCCCACCUGGACCCAGCACAGCUCUGUCAAAAUAUGAGUGGUGACAAUUUAACAGUUUGUCAGACGUGCUUCCUCUGUGCCCGUGUGGAACGUCACGUCAUUGACACGAACGUGGCCGACAACGUGCAGAUGCUCCGACAGGACUACGGCCGAGCGCAGCACUUUUCCCUGUCGUUGCCGGGCACGUCCAAACGCACGCGUCUGUUCAACGUCUUCUCGCCGCGAGAGGACGUCGAGAAGGACCUGAACUGGAUCACCGGCUCCACCGGGGUGCAUGUGGAGAUUGAGGACGGCGUUGACGGGCGAUACUGGCGCUUGCUGUUCCCGGUGCCGUCGAGCGGAAGCGCUGACAUUCCCACAGUGGUGGUCAGCGUGCUUAGUGACAAUCACCAUGAGAACAAGUCCGCCCCGGUCAACGCCGACCCGGGUCCUCUGUCCCCGCCCGGUGGCAACCGAACCGCGCCCUGGGGCAACUUCACCCAUUUCCAGGAGCCUGGCAGGAACCUCAGCAGGCUAUACCUGAUGGACUGGCCAAUGCAUGUGGUUGACUUUGUCAGUAAAACCAUGUGCAAGUACGCUCAUGUUAACAAGACGCAGAGCGGUCAGAGAGCUAAGGAUCAGCCCACUCUAAACCUCUCCUGGACUGGCGCACCAUCUGCUUUCUCCAUCGGACCUCAGUCCACGUCUGGAGAAGUGCUUAAGGCAUUGCAGGCUGGACUUUCGUCACGGUGCCGAAGCUCAGACUCGGGAAGCGUCCUGUUCGCUACUGGCUAUGAACAGGCGUCUAGCAGCUCGUUGCCAAACGAACACGGCACGGUUGAUGCUUCCGGCGGUGCCUUCUGUGGACAGUCGUCGGUUAGAGGUCCAUCUUUGGGAUACAUAUUCCAAGCCGGUGUUUCCAAAAGCCAGGCUGAUGGCAGAACGGUCUCCGUGUUCCGGGCCAGCAUGCGAAAAUAUAGAUGGAUCUGUGCAGCUUGGGUCAGUGAUGCCAAUCCUGGUACCUCACUUCACCUCAGCUACUCAAAGACACCCGAAUGUCUGCCAGAUAGUCAGUCCGAUUGCGUCAAGUCGGUCACACUUCUCGAGCAGUUUGACGACACACAGGGAAAAUGGCGCUAUGACUGCCUGAAUAUAUUUGACGAAGUGUUCAAGGAAGACCUGGAGAAGUACAACAAUGGUCUACCGGGAUAUGAGCUGCCACCGAAUGGAUACCUCCACAGCAUCUCUGUCAAGAACUCCGACAAGUUUCAACUAGACGAGGUCUCCAUUCGCACGGAUCGCGGAGUCGUUCAACAAAUUGAGGCUGGUUAUCGGCCAGGUGGUGAGGCGUUCCGUUCAUUCCAGGUAGCCAAAGCCACCACGUCCAGCCCGCCACCCUCCGGCACUUCCAUAGACUUUGACAUCACCGUGGAGACGUCCAACUGCGCUGCGUUGCCUAGCGAUGGAGUGCCAGCGCUGGUAACCAUGCACCAACAUGCGUCACGGGUGGUCCAUGCUGGUGGUGGUAGCAGCGUGAGUGGUGGUGCUGCUGGUGGUGCUGGUGGUGCUGGUGCUGGUGUGAGUGGUGGUGCUGGUGCUGGUGGUGUGAGUGGCAAGGGAGGCUACAGCACACCAACUGGAUUUCAGCCGUACCGCGCCACCACUACAGCUGUGCCUUCAGCCGUACUUCCAAGGCAGCAGCAGCAGCAGCAGUAUGCUGAGAGAGCAAGCGAUAGUGCCUCUGCUGGCGCACUGGCAUCUCCUCCGGGCAUUAAGUUAUCGCGGCCCGUCAAGGCUAUUAAUCCGUACGGUUACUUCAUUCUUUCAUAUCAAGGCAACUUAUCCAAGCCGAUACCCGUCGGUGUGGACACGGACAAGCUGCAAGCGUAUGUAAACCUCGUGCCCGGUCUCGAGGAGGUUGUGGUGAAGAGGGCAGCCGGCAUUGAUGACUGCUUCAACCGGACGUUCUCUCUGGAGUGGAAGACGGUGGGAGGGUACAAGCCGCUGCUGGGAAUACAGUACUUGGAUGGUAGCCAAACCAAUGUGCAGGUGCGCGCUGGCUACGACUCUCCACACGCCAGAGAAGGCUCCCUGAGCAUUGAUCCCAUCGCCGCGGACAUGCUGCAAACACGGCACACAACACCACAGGUGAUUGUGAAAGUCGGCGGUACACCAGCGGAAUGCUUCAGCGAUGACUGUUCGUUCGCACCGGACAUCUCCUCCACGCCCAGCAUAACCGGCGUGACCCCAUCGUACAUUGAACCUGUCCAGGCCAGUGCAGUGACCCCAUCGUACAUUGAACCUGUCCAGGCCGGUGCACAGCCAGUGGAAAUCAACAUCCAAGGCACCGGGUUUGGCGCUAACAGCACCAACGUCAAAGUUUGGCUGGCAGCUCAUCGAAACACAUCCGGGGGACAUGGACCGGGCGAAUAUGAUGACCAUUCGGAGUACACUGCUAACCCAUUUCUGCCGUUGCCAUGCGUUACCACCAUGGUCACGGACUUUGAUAUUCUCUGUCAGCCGCCGGCAUUGCUAGCGGCCGGACUGUACGAUGUGCACGUCACGGUACUCCCGGCCGGGGUGGCGCUGCGCAAUAUCACAUCGAGUAGCGCCAGCUUUGGUGCAGACGGCCCUGACCUGCGUGCCUGGGUGAAUCUGACGUCUCUGCAUCCCUCGUCUGGACCGAUUGCCGGCGGUACCUUGGUGACAAUCGUCGGCGCCGGUUUCAGUGCUGUUAAAGAGGAGGUCGGUGUUGUCAUUGGCAACACAACCGUUCAGCCAAUCAGUGCAAACUGGACGCACGUGCUGUUCGAAACGCCCCAUGGCGGUGACACGGCAGGGCCCACGACGGUGUCCGUCACUGUGAACUCGGUGGAAGCGCGGCAGGCCCUCAGCUACCACUUCAACGACACCGCCGACGACGUCGUGAUCGUGAGCGGCGUUUCGCCCGCCAGCGGAGCGGUCUACCCGGGAACGCACUUCACGGUGCACGGCAAGUUUGCACGCUCCUGCGUUAGCUACUACGUCAACGAGACCGCGACGGAGUACAUCGUCGUCGCCAAGGACGACGGUUUUGGUGACCAGUACAGUGGUAGUGGUGGUGGCGGUGGUGGUGGCAACAACGAUAGCGUAUCGGACUUUGCAAGUGGCAGCAACUACACAGGAGGAUCGUGGAACGAUACCGACUCUGGUUUCGGCUCUGGCAAUGACACCGUGUCCAAUAGUAGCACGUUCUCCAAUGCCAGUAGUAGCUCGGGUGAUGGUGGCAGUGGUAGUAGUAGCUCUGGUAAUGGCGGCAGUGGUAGUGGUAGUUCGGGUAGUGGCAGCAUUGUCGGCGGUAGUGGCUCGGGGCACAAGCAGUGGGUGGAGCGCACACGCCUGGUGGAGCGCCGCAACUGCUCGUUCAUCGUAGACCUCGGCGGUGGGUCGCCGAGGCCGUACGUCGCCGUGGGUGACUGGCUCUGUCGUAUCUACGACGUGGCGGAGCACUCUCUGUACUGCGUCGUCACGGAUAAAGCCACUCCGCUGUCGUCGAGGGAACAACAACAACAGCUAUCACCACAAACCAGUGGCAGUGCAAACGAGAAAAACCAAACGGCGGCGUACUUCCCGAGCGAAGGCAGCAGCUCAUACUCCUCUUACAGCACCGGCUCCGACAGUAAGCAAACGCAUGGGCAGGGGAAAAGUUCGGAAACGUUGAAAGUACGCGUCGUUAUACCGGGUGUUGGGCAGAGCGUGUGCGGACGCGUCGACACAAGACGAAACAACACGUCGUUGUCGAGAAACGACAGCAACCCACAGAGCAACAGCAGCGGCUCACAUAGCAACAGCAGCGGCAGCACUACAAUUGUGUACAUCCCCUGUCGCCAUGGUCGCGAUGCGUCCGCUCCGGAUGACUGCUCCACCUCUUGUGUGUUUCACUCCACCGCUCCCAGCAUGUCCGGCAUCUCUCCACGCACGGGAUCCAUUCUCGGCGGAACUCUGCUUCGAAUCCAUGGCAGCGGGUUCCCGACGGACAAACGACUCGUCAAGGUUACGCUCGGCAGCCUUCGUUCUACCGGUGCCGCUGAUAGUCAUGGCAAUAGUGGCGUUGAAUGUCCGAUAGUGGCGGCGCAGCAUGACGAGAUCACCUGCAGGACCCCGCCGCGCAAGACGCACCACAUCGUCACCAACACCGGCAGACAUCCAGUCAUCGGCAAAGGCUAUGCUUGGAAUCCACCUGCUUUGGAGAUCCACCCAGGCGACUCUGUCACGUUCAAGUGGGAACAGCACGGCAGCGCCAAGACACCAUUUAACAUUCUACAGACAGCGGGGCCAUCACCCUUGGAUGGCCACAAGCCGCCCAGGGCAUUCCAGAGUGGGACCACAGCAUCACUCAGCGGCAAUUACACGGUGCACCUUUGGGCGCUCGGCAAGUACAUGUACAAAUCCGCGCCGCCGUUGCCCAACGGUGACACAGCCAGCGGAACGAUAAUCGUGAUUCCGCGCACAGUCACCAAUAUCACUGGCCCGGCAGCUUUGUUCGCCUUGCCAGGCCUGCUUGCGACAAACUCCAGCGGUUAUGAUCACGAGAGCCGCUUCAUCGUCGUCGGCGGCAGUUCACGUAGCGUGCGUGUGUACGUGCGUGGCCGGGAAGUGGCGGCCGAGCCCACCAGACUCGACGCGGUGCAGCGCUGCCUGCAUCUCGGCCAGCGCGACCCGAACAUGCCGCAGCUCAACGCCAGCGUACGCCUGCUACGCCAGGUCUACGCCGAUCACGUGCUGCGCUCCGCCCAGCAGAAUCCGCACGUGCGCGCCCUGGGACGCUUGCUGCUGCAGAACGCCACGUAUGGCAAUGUUACCGACGAUGAUGUGCUUGCACUGCAGUCGCUGAGCGCGUUCCCCUCGUACGACGGUCACUCGGGCAACAGCUCCUGGGGUAACAGCUCCUGGCCCUGGGGCAACAGCUCCUGGGGCAAUAGCUCCUGGCCCUGGGGUAACAGGUCCUGGCCCUGGGGCAACAGAUCCUGGGGCAACAGUAACAGUUCCGCUGCUGGGGGCUCUGACAACUCGACGCAGCUUGGCGGCGGUGGAACGCGUAUCUCCACGCACAACAGCACACACUUGCGAGUGGAGAUGAACAACGGCAGCACGGUGGUGUACGUUGCCAGUCCGCCGAACGCAACACACGCAAGCCUCUCCGGGGCCCUGGCCUCACUGACCAUGCUCUGGGACAUGGUCUCCCGCGACGGCAAGGUAUUGGCUGCAGAGGCUCUUAAGGGAGGGCUUGAGCAGGUAACCAUGGCGAUUGCCGCUCUGUACCGUAUGUCCACGACGACGCCGCCGAUCGCAUACAUCACAACGCACGACAUGAGAGCUGUGCGGAGUUGCUUUAGCGCCAGGAACGUCACCUGGGACGCGCUGUUCCAACGGGCGGACGCCGCCUCCGUGCUCAACGCGAGCGUAGGCAUUCGAAAUGCCACACAGCGCGAUGCUGCUGGUGCUGCUGUAUCUCACGCCGCCAAGCCCAGUGCGUGCACACCGGUGGUGCUGUUCCGUGACUGGCUGUGGAGCCUCUUGUUGAGCAGCGGGUCCAUCUCAACUACACAUCACCAGUCCGAUAAUGAGUACCGAUAUGCACUGAACUCUUCACACUUGCAGCAUCCAGAACAGCCUGGCAGCGGUGGUGGCGGGAAUGAUUCCGUCUCGUCGAAAGCAGCCAACAGCAGCAUUGACGCGAAAGCGCUGCGCCAAUGGCUUCUGAACAGCAGCGUUGCCGGCAGCAGAGAUUACCCAUCGAUGAACGGGAGCAUUGGCGACUACAGUAUACGCCAGUGGAUAAUGGCCAUCGAGAACACGAGUGCUUUUGUCAGCGAGGGCGAGUUGGAGAAGCGCUCCGCCGCACGGGAACUGCGUGGACACGCCGGCAUUUGCCACGACGCAUUGCUGAAGAUCACGCUGGGUGAUCGACACACAUGGAGACAGAAUACUCUCCAAGCCUUGCUGGCCCACCUGACGGCCAUUCAACCUGGCGGCAGCAGCGCAAAGACAAGGGACGGCGAGUGGUGGCCUGAACAAUCAAGGUCGUAUGAUCCCGCCUCAUCGUCACCUCGCCAACAGCACAGUAGUUCUGAAUGCGGUGGGAAUUGUAGCUGGAGUGAUCACCGUGGUAACCACUCAUUAUGCAACGACUCGUCUCCGGGUCGUGGUUGCCAACACGACCACCACCAGCAUAACGAGAGCAGUGCCGGAAACGGUACGUUUGGCAACGACUCCACAAUGCCCGCUUCGGAACGGUUUCUGCAGAUGAGCAUUACCUCACUGCUGACCGGUGACAAAUUCUCAUUAGCACGUGUACUACUGCACACGCUGCAGAGAACCCCCGACUUGAAGUACCGUAAUGCCGCCGUCACCGCAGCCAUGCCCAGCAGUUACGACACACAUGCGCAUGACGACUACGAGUCGUCGUCGGCGUCGUGGCGGGACACUCUUGCUGCACGACUGGCGCGUAUGUUCCUCCGCCGUCUCGUCUCGUCCGUGAUGACGGAAGCGUACGGAAAGUGCUCCGUCAGCUCGCGGCCUCCUCAGGAGGGAAGCUGCCUGCCACAGAUUUCUGAUCGCACAGACAUGCUGAAGUAUAUGGUACGACCAGCAGCAGCCUCAACAACACCGUCUAGUGGCGAAGCGUAUGUUGGUGUGAGUGGCAGAAUGAUGGACUGGCCCGAUCGUAGCGACGUACGUUUCCAAUUCCUGUACGACGACGUUUGCUCCACUCCGUCGGUGUUCGCCGUCGACGACUUCCAGGAUCUGCUGUAUUUGGACGUGAGCAUUGGCGACGCACUGCCGUGUCAUUUGAGCGUGCGGGUUGGUAGUGAGGCGGCCCGCUGCCACAUUGUCUACGCCAGCGCGCGUCUGAUCGUCUGCAAGCCGGUGAUGUCGUGGCGCGACUCCGUGCUGGUCGCCUACCCGGUACGUCUGUUCGUGGAGCCGUAUGGGCAGGCGUUGCCGCGAGUGUCACAUUUUGCCUCGUCCAGUGCCUCCCUGCCCGGAAAUCUCACCUACUCGUUCCACCCGGUCGUGGAAGCCGUCUCGCCGGCAAAGCUGUCCCUCGGCGGCGGCGGAUUGCUGCACAUUCGCGGCCGCAAUCUUGUCGACGUGCGGCGCUCGAGUCGCUUGAAUGUGACGCUGCUGGGCACAGCGAGCGGUGUGCGUGUCAACUGCGCGGUGGUGAAGGCGAACUUGAGUGAUGUCGUGUGCAGGCUGGAGAGCUCCGGGCGGCAGGGCACGCACCCGGCUGACACGUACUACAUUCGGCUGGAGAUGAGCGUGCAGGGCUAUCCACAGCGGGAGUCCUACCACCACGUGUGCUCCUCGGACGCAUGCCUGGUGAAGCUCAGCCGCUCAGCCACUCCAUUCGUUACCGCCGUCAGCCCAGCCACUGUGAACAGCACAGACCAUGGUACGCUUUUCACCCUGCGUGGACACUUCCCCACUCGCAACCUCAGCCAUUACAAUCGCCACGGCAAUGAUGAUCUCGUGGUUCGCAUCGGCCGACGUCGCUGCCGCAUCGUUGAGCUGAGCAAUGACAACACCACUGGUGACAAUGACAUCAUAGUGUGCAUGGCGAACAGCACGAUAGUGAGCGGCGUGAACCGGGUGGACGUGUCGAGUACAAGCCUCGGCGACGGCGUCAGCAACGCCACCGUGAUCAGCAACGGUAAGCUGACGCUGAGCAGCUCAACGAGCAGUAUUCACGGUGGCCUGAGAUUAGUAGUGCGUGGUGCUGGCUUCGACUGCAAGAACUCCAGCCUUGCCCCGUCACUGUCGCCAUUACCACCUCUAGCAGCAGAUAAUGACAGCUUGUUGAUUGAGAUCGGUGGGAAGCCGUGCAGACUGGUGGACUGCCACGACACGUACGUGACAUGCAUCACGCCCCCGCACGACGCAGGCGUCUACAACCUGGUCGUCUACUUUGACGGCGCCGCGUUCUCGCUUGCCACCACGCUGGUGUACAACUCGUCUAGCAAGGCCACGCCCGCGAUUGCCUCGACGAGCGUGAGCGAGGCACGGGGCGGGGAGAACGUAACCGUGUUCGGGAGUGGACUGAACGGCGGCACGUUGACUAUAAGUAUUGGUGGUGUGAAGGUGACGGCUGCGGCGGCCACCUUGCACGCCUCAGCAGCAUCUCAGGUCGUCAUCCGCAUGCCAGCGCUGGUCGGUGGCACAUACAAUGUCAGCGGCCUGGUCGACAGCAAGGGCAAGACCAAUAAUGACGUCGUAAUAUCCGCUCCCCUCGUCGUCAUGGCAGUGACUCCCAGCCUCGUCAGCUUGGCGGGCGGUGCCAAUCUCACAGUCUUCGGUUACGGAUUUCAGGGCGAGAAUGCGGCGAGGGUAGGCGUGACCGUCUGUGGACAGCCAUGUAGCACGGUGUACGUGUCGUCCGCCGAGGAGCUUCACUGCGUUGCCCCGCCAGUCGCUGUGCGUAACAAUGGCAACAACGACGACAAUCGCACAUGUCACGUCACCGUGACAACCCCCACGGCGUCCGCGACGCUUAACGGCUCGGUGACGUAUUCGUCCAGCGUCUCACCCGUAGUGCACUCGGUGAGUCCGACGCGUGGCGGAACCGGAGGCGGAACGCUUAUCACGAUCGCCGGAAGCGGCUUCGCCAAUGGCAGCCGCGUGACCAUCAACGGCUCCGACUGCGAAAUCGUCAACGUCACGUCCACCGCGAUCAGCUGCUACACAGGUCAGCACAGGGGUACGGUCACCUCUGCCGUUCAGGUACUCGUGCCCGGUCUCGGCCUGGCCCUCAACCCCGGGCACAACGGUGGUGACGGCGUCGCGUCCUUUUUCUACGUUGACGUCUGGAGCUCGCCGUUCACGUGGGGCCUUAAGAGCCCACCUGGUCGCGGAGACCUUGUGGUGGUUGAGGCUGGACAGACAAUACUACUGGACACGAGCACGGCGGUGCUUAAGGCGUUGCUGGUGAAGGGUGGCGCGCUGGUCUUCGAUCACGACGCCGACGACAUCGUGCUACGGGCGGAGAACAUCAUCGUCACCGAAGGCGGCCGCAUCGAAAUCGGCACGGAGAGGAGACCGUUCCUGAACCGCGCCUCGAUCAUGAUGUACGGCCACCGCCUGUCCACCGAGAUACCGCUGUACGGGGCGAAGACGCUCGCCGUGCGACACGGAACGUUGGACGUUCACGGCCGCCCUAUGAACGUCACCUGGACGAAGCUGGCCGUCACGGCGCACGAAAACGACACGAGCAUCGAGCUGGUCGACGCGGUCGAUUGGGAAGUCGGCGGAAAGGUGGCAAUCGCCGCCACGGGUCAUCAUCCGCACGAAAACGAGGAGCGGACGAUCGCCGCGGUGCUCGAUGGCGGACGGCGCCUAGAGCUGACGGAACCGCUGCGCUAUCGUCACAUUAGCCUUGUGCAGACGCUGGCCGAGAAGACGGUGGAGACUCGCGGCGAGGUUGGCUACCUAACACGCAACGUUGUCAUAGAGGGCAAUCGAGAUGCCACGUGGGACCAGGAAAUUGACGCGUGUCCGCGGGUUUUCGACGCCGGUCAGUUUGCCACGCAGACAUGCUUCCAGGGUCGAUACGGCGCCGAGACAGACUCCGACCAGUUUGGCUCGCACGUGAUUCUUUUCGCCGACAAGCCGGUGCAUGGGCGCAUCGUGGGCCGAUUCAGCUACGCCGAAGUGAGACACGCCGGUCAGGCGUUCAUGCUGGGCCGCUACCCGAUCCACUUUCACAUGUCGGGCGACGUGAACGGUAGCUAUGUGCGCGGCUGCGCGGUGCACCACACGUUCAACCGUGCCGUCACCAUCCACGGCGUGCACAACCUGCUGGUGGAGGAGAACGUGGCGUUCCACAACAUGGGCCACGCGUUUUUCCUGGAGGACGGUAUCGAGACCGGCACACUCAUCAAGCACAAUCUGGGUAUCUUCACGCAGUCGUCGUCCAGUCUUCUCAACGUCGACGUUACCCCCGCAACGUACUGGAUCACCAACCCGCUGAAUCGCGUUGUCGACAACGCGGCCGCUGGCGGCACACACUUUGGCUACUGGUUCCGUCUUCCCGAGCACCCUGAGGGGCCGAGCUUCGACGCGAGCGUCUGCGUGCGCGUGCUGCCGCUGCUCGAGUUCCGCGGCAACUCGGCGCACAGCUACGGCCGGUACGGACUGUGGGUGUUCCGCGAGUGGUUCCCGCGCCGGAGCGGCGGCUGCUCGGGAGCAAAGUGGCGCGCCGAGGAGACGGCUCACCUUCGCGACUUCACCGUGUGGAACACGGAAAGGGGAGUUGAGGUGUCUACUGGCGGUGCCAUACAGUUCGUCAAUAUGACCUCGCUGGAUAACAGAGACUCCGGCGUAGAGUUUCAUAAACUGGUUACCACGUGGCAGGUCGGCACUGCGGGCGUUCGCGACAGCCUCGUCGUCGGUUAUAGCAACGUGAGUCGCGAGGGAGACUGGCCGCGCGCGACCAAACACGGGUCGAAGAGCCCUAGCUCUUCCUACUAUACGGUUCGCAAUACCACCAUGCUCAAUUUCAACAUGUCUGGCUCCGUGGCGUUUGCGGCCUGUGGCGACUGCAAACCGGAGCAGGGUGGCUUCGAGUCACGCUAUUCGGGCAUCCGCUACCUCAACUCGCCCAAUCAGGUCGGCUUCAAGUGGCAGCACGAGGCGAUAUUCAGCGACCAGGACGGUACCCUGUCGGGUCGGGGCCGCCCGGGGUCGAUUGUCCCGACCUGCGGGCUGUACAACCCGGCAACAUGCCACCGCUAUGCGUCCGGGUACACGCUGCCUGAGAAUAUGUUCUGCGAGGCCAGCGAGCAUUUCUUCCGCGUACGGUGGAUUAAGCCAAAGCCAGUUUCGCUGGAGGGGCGCGGCAUGACGUUACAAAGCCAGUUUGGUCACAGCAGCUCUAACUACUUCAAGCGGCUUCCGAAAAAGGUUAUGGGUUGGAUGGCCAUUCUAGCUAGUGGCUAUACAUAUGAGAUUGGCUGGAAGGACAGUCCGCUACUGACCAAUGUAUCGUACACCGCAGAGGUGAGUGAGAUGAAAACUACGGACAGUGUUGUAAUCCGCCACGAGGUCGCUCAGCAAAUUGACCAAGUUCAAAUUCUCAACGGUGUCAAGCGCAACGCCACGCUGGGGUCCCUGGCGAACGCCGGCCACGGCGACUGGAACCAACGUGACGAAACGCGCCACGUCUAUCGGAUGAUCAACGGGACCAACAGGAGCGUCGCGCAUAACGCCAGCUACAUCUCAUAUGCCGUGACGGGCGAGGGCGUUGACGAGAGUCGCGCUUGCUGCAAGGCAGUCAACUACAAGAUCUAUCAAUGCUACUAUCCGCAUUGCGCCCAGGGUCCCAAGCAGGUCGAAGUCGACGACCGAAACCCUCCAGCUAGGAGCCCGGGCAGCAACAACACUGUCCUGUGGAGUGACCUGGCGGCAAAGUACCCGUUGGAAUUCCCACCCAACACGCGGGACGUUGUCAUCAACGCCACGCACCACGUCAUCGUCGACGUGGGAAUCCCGGCGCUCGCCAGCAUCACCAUAUAUGGCACACUGGAGUUUAAUGCCUCGAUGGAUCACACGCUCCGCGCUGACUUCAUCUUCGUCUACGGCGGGUCUCUGAUCGCCGGCAACGAAACGCAUCCCUUCUCCCAGAAGCUCCGGAUUGUCCUGACGGGAAACGUGAGAACCCCCGAGGUAUUCCUACCCAACGGGAUCAACUACCCGGCCAAAUCUCUGGCGGUUUUCGGCAGCCUCCGGUUAUUCGGCGCCACGCGAACCGUCGUGCGCUCCUGGUGCGCUGCGGACGUAAGUGCCGGUUCACGGACGAUAACUGUAAUGGACCGCGUCGACUGGCAGCUCGGCGACGAGGUUGUGGUCGGCCCGACCGGGUUCGAGAGCGCGGAGGCCGAGAAACACGUCGUGGAUCGCGUCUCUGCAGACGGUCUCACGCUGACGCUGCAAUCGCCGCUACGCUACGCCCAUGCCGGCGGGCAUGACGGGGAGUUCUUCGUGGCCGCCGUCGUUGUGCUGCUCACUCGCAACAUCGUGAUCGACGGAGGUGACAAGGUCGCCAAGCCAAACUACUUUGGCGGACGCGUGGACGUUGGCAACCUUGGUUACGUGUCCCGCGACACGGGCCGACGUCACUCGUACCGCGGCCUAGCAACGCUGGUCGGCGUGGAGCUGGUGCGCUGCGGCCAGGAGUCAUACACGGACGACGACCCGUUCGCGUCGGCGCUGUCGCACCGCGCGGCCAUCGUGCUCGCUAGCUACUCGUCGAUGGAGCGGUGCAGCGUUCACAACUCGCUCAACACGGCCAUCGGCACCUACGGCACGCGCUACGUGAACCUGACGGACAACGUAGUGUACAGCACCGUGGGCACUUCCGUUCGCGUCAGCGGCAUCGGUCAUCGUCUCCACGGCAACACGGCCGUACGCAUGCGGUUCCCGCCGACGUACGACGGGCGCACCGAUCAGUCCUCGCUGCACUACCCGAGCCUGUACGACUUGCGCAGCUCGCGACUCCUGAGCCUGGAGAACAACGUGGGGGCCGGUUCCGAGCGUCUGGGUUUCCAUAUCGACGGCGAACCAUGCCCGACGGAGGUGAACUUGGACGGAAUGCCAGACGCGGACCCCGUGACUCGUUGGCACGGCAACUCCGUCAUGGCGACGCUUCAAGGAGUGCAUAUCGGCGCCAAGGACGGCCUGAAGGGCUGCAGCCUGGUGUCCGGCUUCACCACGCGCGGCAACUACGAGCUGGGGGUGUUUGCCUACACGACAUCCAUGCUUGUCUUCAACAAUCUGAGCGUGUACGACAACGGUGCCGGCCUGGUUGCCAUCGUGUACCGCCCGACGGCCAUACGGCACGUCACCAGCAAUAAGAGAAUCUACGUCAUGAACAGCGUUAUAGCGCCCACUUCGGGGAGCCCUACCCGCGCAUGUUCAAUGGCUCGGCCGGCGGCUGCUAACCACGAGCGUGUGUACGCGCCGCCAAGUGCUUCGGGGUCCGGUCGUCCGGGCCUCGUCACGUCCAGCUUCAACUCGGCCAAAAACCGAGCGCCGAAGUCGGACUGGAUCGUCGUCGAUCACGAUCCGGCCAUCAGCGGCGAGACGGACGUCUACCGCGUGCGCUUCACCGGGUUCAAGGACCGCCAGUGCGGCAGGCGCACGGCGCACGACGUGGCCAUCAUGUCGAAUCCGAAAUCCGACGACGCGCAGCACCCGAUGAACCUGAUCCGAUGCACAGUGGACAACACACUGGCUAACAACACUCUGUACUACCACAAUCCGCGUCUGGCUAAGGUCAACCCGUCGGAUUGCGUAGAUAUGGACUGCGACGGUCUGAAGCACAGCCUGGUUACGGACGUCACCGGGGAGGUGUUUGGCGGUCGCGGCGUCAGCGUCAUCGGCCGCGCCGAGUUUGAGUGGAACGGCGAUCGACGCCGCGGCCUGGGUGACUAUCGCAUCCCCAAAGCGCUGCUCACCGCCGCCAACGGCUCCAAGUUGGACGUCGACGCCGUCGUGCCGCAUAAGGGCGUAGUGCGCGGCAACCGCACGCACAGCGCGUGCACGUGGAACGCGGCGUGGAACGCGCACCGCUGCCACGACCUGCAGCACAAGAUGAUCGUGAUCGAAAGCCUCGACGGCGACACACAGGUCCGUCGUUUGUCGCCGGUAUCGUUGUCCGCAGCCGGCUACAUAGACCUGUUGAACGGUCCACAAGACCACGGCUGGUGUGAUGGCUAUACAUGCCAGGAGCGCAUCUCCACAUUCUUCGGGCUCGUGGCAAGGAACCUCCACUACACCGUCCACUUCUCGUCGACGGGUCCGGAGCGGAUGCGAGUCCACGUGCUGAACGGCGAGCCGUCGCACGCUAUCCGUGUAAGCGUGUUCCAGUCGGCGGUCCAACGCUACGACAUCUACAGCAAUGGGCGUCUUGUGCCGGCUACCAAUCAACAGCGCAACAAGGCCGGUAAGCUCGUCUACAUUCGAAAGGAUCCGAACCUGCCGGACGAUCAGCUCAUACCGAAGCUCGGCACGCACCCGCAUGCCUCCAACUACAUGGAUCGCGACACGAAGCUGCUGCACGUGAUCGUGAACAGCUCCGUCGGUCCGGUGGAGAUUCGUCGCGUCGCUGCCGUCGUCCUGGACCUGGAGAUCCCCACUGAGGUGACGGUGGACGAGUUCUUCGCGGAGAAGAUCGUGCGCAACCUUGCCGCUCUGCUCAAGGUGCCGGAGAGUAAGAUACGUCUCGUGGACGUGGUGAGCGAACGGUCCAGCUCAGGGCGUACCAGACGCGCCACGGCCGGGACGCAAAAGCUCCAAUUCAUCAUCGCCGAUGACGCCGAGGAGGUGAUUGCCGCUCCCCUGCAGGAAACUGUCAAUGGCACGACGGACGAUACAGCAUCGGUUGCCUCGACGACUCAGUCCGUCCCCGUCUCGUCGAGUCCGGCGAAUGUCAGUGGUAAUCCCUUUGCGGCCACAUCACCAUCCAGCCACCUACAACACACUGGGAUAAGCUCUCCAACAGCAGGAACAGUAGACGCGACUGCUGCGUCGUCAUCGUCAAUCCUGCAACUGGAAGGCGCGCUUGAGACGUUUGUCACUGCUCUCCAGUCCAAUCAGCUCAGCGCAUCCCUGAACGUCUCUGUUGUCGGGGCAACGGUCACCGAGCCUGUGAAACCUCCACCUCCCCCGCCGCCACUGGCGACAAAUGAAUCCGUGAGCGCAGCCGCCGUGAACGCCACCAACCAAACCAUCGCCGCGAGACAGCUCCAGGACGCCGAGUCGGAGGUGGCGGCAGUGUCCGAUAUCGUCCUGUCCGUUCCCAACAGCAUGGUGAUUGACGUACAGCCGUCAGCCCGGGUUGCCGAAGGAGUCGUCUUUCCCUCGCAACCCUCUGUAUCAGUACUCGACUCCAGCGGUAGCGUUGUGCAGAAUCUGGGUCUCAGCUCGUCGCCAUGGCGGCUGAGAGUUUCUCUUGCGAGCGGCGGUUCGGGGCUGCGCGGAACGACAGAGAUCGCGUUUGCACACGGUCAUGCCAACUACACGGAUCUCUACAUUGACUCUCCGGACGUGAGCGCUGAGCUGCGAUUCGACGUUGUCAGUCCAGCCAGUGUGGCCUUCACGGCAGUGUCUAGCAACAUAGUCACGGUGAAGCGCAGUAUCGAGGUGCACGUCACCAACAAGCCAGCGUACGUCGUGUCCGAUAUUGCUGCGCCGUCAGGGACGCCCGCGUCCGUGUUUGCGGUGGAGAUUCGCGACACCGUAACUCACGCACGCGUGACGGAUCACGGCUGGCAGCCCGGCCGUCGCUGGUUCAUCACGCCAACACUGCUGAGCAGCGGUGAUCUAGCGGCACGGCAUGUCAGUGUCAGGUCUGGCGCGACCAGCGUAGAGCUGCGCCAGGGCUACGCCAACUUCUCCCGUCUCAUCCUGGCGGGUUAUGGCACUGGAGCACAGUUAAUCUUCCAGCUAAGCACCACACCUACGUCGACGUACAGCGGCACCCUGCUGAUCAGCGAGAAGUUUGAGGUUCGACAAUCCUCUAAUAUCACACUGACAUUCCAGGCUGACUAUAAUGAUGUGGUGCUGGGGCGCCUCGCGGAGUUCAAGGCCGACAUGAAGAGACAGCUAGAUGCCGCGACACCGGGAUACACAAACACUAUCUUGGACGUCAGAGCCGGCAGCGUGAUUGUGGAGAGCCGACUUACAGCAGAGAGUGGCAAUAGGACAGCUAGUGAUGGCGUGGCUAAUCUGAACAAUGUGAUCGCCAGUGGUCGUCUUACGGUUAUCUCCAAUGGAAUUAACCUGGGUAGUCCGCAUCUUGAUAACUCCACUGAACCGUCACAGCCUCCUCCUGAUGACGAUGAUACGGACUCCGGAAUGUCCACAGGUGUGAUGGUGACGCUCAUUAUCAUGCCGAUUCUUGUCAUGGCAGUGGUCUUUAUCAUGGUCGCUGUGAUCACCACGAAAAAGUCUCACAGUAGCGGAGGUAGGAGGCGCGGAGGAGCACGUGUGAUUCCCAACACUGGACCAAUAGACAGUGAUUCAGCAUCGGUGACCACAGCCGAAAGUCAACCACCGGAAUACACCGAGAUGCCAAUGUUACCACUAUACAGCCCUGGCUCGGCUGCAAGCAUGAAAAAAGGCAAACAACAAAAACAACAAGACGAUGAAGAAGAAGAUGAAGCCGCAGCACUGCCAUCUAAGCGUCGCAUCGGAUCAUCACGAGGUGACGGGGCUCGGAGGCGUUCUUCCAAUAGAUCGGCCCGCUCCGUAAAUAUUGCUGCUGCUGCUGUUGCUGAAGAUGCCGAUGCUCCUGUCGCUCCUGAUCUCGUUCCGCCCACAAUACCUGAAAGCGCCGAAAGAGAGAUGUUAAGGUCGCAUUCACACUACUAG